AUGAAGGAGAUCCAGGACCCGCGGUUUUCCCACGUAUCGUGGGACCCGAAAUUUAAAAGAAUGCCUAGAAAGCGAAAGAAAGUGAAGAUCGACAAGCGAUUCACUUCGAUGUUCACCGACCCAAAGUUUAAAGUCGAAUAUGAACUGGACAAACGAGGGCGUCCCUUGUACAAGUCAUCCACUGACGAUUUGAAACGUUUCUACGACAUCGACUCGUCAUCAGAGGCUGAAAGUUACGCGAGUGAAAAGGAGGAUCGCUUAGGUGAAUGUCACGUCGAAGUAAUGUUAGUGUCCUGUUUUCGGCUGACCAUGACGUGA